CACAGCAUUAUAAAAGGAACUCUUUCUAUGUCUUAGUCUUCUUUUUAUUUACCGCAAAAUACGGUAGUUUUAAGUUUUAUUUAUAGCGGCCCUCAGUGACUCAUGAACAAUCCUUAAGUGUAUAAUCUAUGAACAAUCCCGUCUGGAGAACUCAUGAAUCAGUCAUAGACUAAAUUGUGUGUACUUUCUGUGGUCAAAGUAUAGAAACACUGAUUGUGGUUGUACCAUGCUAGACUAAUUUUGAUUUUUGAUUCACCUUGUUUCUUACAUUCAUAAGUCUUACGUGCUUUUUCAUUAUAGGUUAACGUUAUUAUCAUUGGGAACAGAAGUGUAACGAAUGUAUAUUGCACAUUUUUCACUAUGUCGGUGAUAGAAUUCUUGAAGGAUCUUCCGUCUUACGACGCGAACAACUUUACAUUGUUCAAUACGGACCACGGGAUUAGAAAUUGCUCUAAAAGGCCAUCUAUAUAUUUACCCACUAAGGACAUACCUUCUGAACAAAUUAUUGUAACACAAAAAACAAACAUACUAUUAAGAUACCUACACCAGCAAUGGGAGAAAAAGAACAACAAUUCUCCAAAGAAACGUGAUCAGACACAUAUAGAACAAAAUGGUGAAGAUAGUCAGCAACGCAAGAGGCCCUGUCUAAGCUCUCAAAUCAACUGAAAUCCCGACAAUGCACUCACAAUAAGUUUGUGUUUAAUUCGUGAACUUUGCAGAGUGUAUGUUGUACACAUAAUUACAUUAAUAUUCCACAAUUUUAGAUCAAACUGUACAUUGAUUUGUGAAAUUCACUGGUUCAGUGACUUUUGGGAUUUAAUUGUAAAAGUUCAAUAUAUUAGCAGUAAACAUUGUUAUUAAAUGUUCUAAUCAUAGAAAAUCAAUAAGCACAGGCAAAGCAAGUAUCAUUAUAAGUUUUGUUUAUGAACACCUAUUGAAAUAUUCAAUAAUAAGCAAGUUAUCUGUUCAGCAAUGCAUAUUUAAAAUUUUAUAAAAUACAGGGUGUACACAGAUCAUUCAAUGUUAACGAAAAAUAAUCGCAUUUUCAAAGCUAACCAUUUUGUUAUUUGUAUGUUAUUGCACACAGACAAAAAGGAAUGACAAGCUUAACUCAAACAUUAAUUUCUAGCAAACAGCCCUAAUGCAAAAUAAGAAAGAAUAUAAUAAAGUAAUAUUAAAACUGAAGAUACAACACAAGAUGUAAAAAAAUGUACUAAGUACUUUAAUAAAGUAUAUUAAAAGAUUCUUAUGGUAGUAACUAAAUGUUUUAUAUUUUCAUAUUUCAUAAAUGUGCAACGUUACAUGAAGGCAGGCAAAGGCUUUCGAUUUUUCCCGGAAACCUUAUAUUCUGCAGGUUAGCUGCUUUUCUGACGUUUUAAGUGCAAAGUAAAAUACAUUAGUAAAACUCAUUGUUAUUUAUUUCAGUUAAUUUAAUUAUCUAUUAUAAUUUCAGUUAGGUACUUGAACAUAAACUAGCCUCAUUUUCGAAAAUAUUUUUGUGUCUGAUAUACCCUGUAUAACUUACAGAUUUUCCAUAAUGUACUAUGAUGUAAUGAAAUAAAAUCAUGUUGAUAUAGUAUCAAAAACACUACUUCAAAUUUUUUUUAAAAUACAUAUACACUUCAGUGGUUUUAUAGCCUCUAUAAUUUGGAAAAAUGAAAACUACGACUUAUUUUGAGUUUCUUUUUUUCAUUUUAUGGGUAUUUCUCAAUCCAAUGGUUUGAAUACAUUAAAAUUUCCGCAUUCACAGGCAUUCAUUAACUUUUGAAAAUAUAUAUUAUAUUUGCACGUGGAUCUUGAGAUCUGAAAAUUCGUUUGACUUCAUUGUAAAGUUAGGGUCAUUUGUUUAGUUUCAAAGGUCCUUAGUAUGCACCAUACAUUUCCCUUCUUAGCUAUAAUUUUAAUUGUCAAAUCUUAUAAAAUGGUUUGCAUCACAUGCCCUAUGUAUAUAACUGAAACACAUGCUCCAGUGAAAGCUGCUAGAUUAUUUUUUAAAGCAAUAAACAUUAGAUUAGACCGUUAAUGGUGUUUAGUGGAUAGUAGACAUGAUGAAGGUCUACAGCCUGCAAAAACCUAUAAAAACACAAAUUUUUUAAUGAAAUAUAUGUAAAUAAAUUAAAUAAUUAUCUAAAAAUAGUGUCUUAUGAAGAACAAAUUUUAAAAUUUUCUUCAUGAAAUAAUAUUCUGUAGAUAAAAACAAAAGCAGUAUAUUGCGUAGUAAGCCUAUGUAAUUUAUUCUGUGAACAUUAAUUUACUGAAAGCAAAAUUUCCCUAUCAAGCGUACUCAAAAAUUCCAUAAUUGUAAGCACAGUUUUUCUUCUAUAUGCUGUUCUUGUGAAUUUUCAUUUCCAAUACAAUCACUAAAGUUUAAUAUUUGAAUGUAAACAAGAAUGGUUAUUAAUUGGUUGUUUAAAGUAUGUUUAAUUAUUUUUAAUAUAUAAUACAUACAUCUGA